AUGCGCGGAAUACUCGUGCCGCGGCAUUGUCGGCGAGAAGAUUCCCGGGACUUACUCCGCACACGUUUGUCGGUACGGACCGGCGCGCCGACAGAUUUUCUGCCCGGUUCACUGCCGGCAGACGCCGAUUGCUUUUCACCGGCCGUUCGAUAUCCGACGACGGAAAUCACCGUAUCCGCACCCUCACUAGGACCUCCUGGUACUACCCGUACUCGCUCGUCACUCAUCCGAUUAAAACUCGGAACGUCCCGAAACCGCCGUCCAAAAUAAAUUAUCAUUAUCCACAGCAUUUUACGAAAUACCCGUUAGUUCCGUAAAAAUGAUGUACACAACAACGACAAUGGAAUCGAAUCGUAUGUGUGUACCACUCGAUGGCCACGGGCACCCCGGAAUCGACUCGUACACGGCCGUACGCGGAUCAGGUGGAAUUUUCAAUAGGACGCGGCCCGAGUGCGGUUGA